GAGUGUAUGUCUUGUUGCGCUUUAUUUUGCCGCUUCGUCGUGACACCGGGCAAUGCUAAACAAAAAGUGUUUCGCGUGUGCUUCUGUAUUUAAAUAUUAGGUGGUGAAAAGUGUUAUUAGUAAAAUUAUACGGUGAUGUUGGGAUAGGUUAUUGGCAGCGCCAUGGGCAAUUCCUGCAGUUCUGGGCAGGCCCACAAGGACAAGGAUAAUGUCUCUCAGCAAUCAGAAGAAAUUAACUGUUGCACGCGCAGGUCGCCGCCGUACCGCGUCACGAAGCCAUCCUUCGAUGCAUCGGCAGAGCCUGCGCAGGAGUUGUUGGAGCCCACGCCAUCCUUCAAGGACAAGAAACCGCAGCUCAAGGGGCCUAGGGCGCAGAUUGGCUCUAGUGUUUCUGAUUCGAUCUCCCUGUCAUCGCCCCAAGCAUGCGCCUCGCCCAAGGAGGAGGUGGUCGGUCCACCUGUGCCUGCGAAUGUGGCAGCGCUGACUGAGGAAUAUCGUUCUUACCUCCUUGGUAAAAGUACUGGACAGAGGACCAGGAAACGCCGUGCUAUGCUCAUAUACGUUUGCGCUGCAGACUCACAGGAUUGUUGCGCAGAGAAAGGCGCGCUACACUGCGGCGUAGCGGCGCGACUACGCGUGCGCGCACGCAAACGCGGCUGGCGCAUGCAUGUAGCGGAUUUGCACUGGCGCUCACCUCUCGAACAACAGCGGGAUCAUCGCUUCCCUGUACUUUGUAUAGCUGAACUUGCACGUCAAUCAGAAUUGGGUGCGGUCGUUCCUGUAUUAUUCCUCAACUCCAACCUGGGCACUCCACUACUACCUCAUACAUUAGAAUGCGCUGACUUCAAGGCAGCUUUAGAAACAGCUGACGAGGAAAAUGAUAGGAGCUUGCUCAAUAAAUGGUACACUUUGGAUAGUAGCACAACACCGCCAUGUUAUCGCUUAGUCCGAGGCGCGCCCGCUCGUUGGAGACGAGAAAUGGCACGAGCCCUAAGCGUUUUAGUUAGGACUCUGCCCCAAGAGGCCUGCGACGCUUAUCUUACUACUGUAUUGGAACAGGAGGUACAACACACAGUGCUCAUGAGCUCUGAGACGGCCAGGCGUUGUGUGUGGGUGUGUCGAGCUGGAGCGGCACCCGAUGUCCUCGACGGGCCUGAUGACCAUCACCGGGAGCUACAGAGGAGGCUUGCUAACCUGCAGAGGGAUUUGAAGCUGUACCUAAGCGAGCGCAAUGUAAUCCGGGCGAGCGUUCGCGGUCGUCCCCAUACAAAUUCUGACGAGGAAUACACAGCGGGCGUCCGCUCGGCGCUUGGCGAACGUCUGGAUGCACUGCUGGAUGGGUUAAUGGCGGAUAGCGAUGGACCUGCUGGAUAUUGCGGCAUACCGGCUAGUUUGUUUGAAGAAAUAUCUGAGCAUCUGUCGUUCUGUCAAAAAGCAACGCAGUGCACGUCCAACAGAGAAAUCACGCUUAAUGAAUUAAAAACGUACGUCCAAAGCGACAGUUCAAUCCCAUUAGUGGUCUUGGGCGGGGCCGGUUGUGGGAAGGCAACAUUACUAGCUCGUGCGGCUUCGCUUGCUCAUACUUGGCUGGACGAUCUCGCCCUUGUUGUGAGAUACGUUGGGCUAACAUCUCAGUCGAGCAGUUCCCAUCAAUUGUUGAAAUCCAUAGUGGAUCAGUUACAUGUACUACACACGGGUACUGUCUAUCGAGGGAAAAAUGAGGCAUCGUCACUGUCUUCCACAUUAGCGAGACUUCUAUCAGCAGUUGGGCGUUGUCGGCCAGUACUCGUCUGCGUGGGCGGAGCUGAUGCUUUGAGAGGAGCCCGAUGGCUGCCGUCGAGGCUACCUGACAAUGUCAAGAUGAUUGUGACAGUUACUGAGGAGAAAGACGAACCGUCAAGUUCAGCAAUAAUGGCUGUCCUUUCAUCUGAAGAUGGCCCGAAGGUGGUGAGGGCUCCACCCGUGGGUGCCGAAGAGGCGAAAGCGGUGCUGAUAGCGUGUGCUGCCACCUAUAGUAAAACGGGAGCUGCUUCUCCUCCUGAAGCCGUUGUUAAAGCUGUUCAGAAGUGUACGCUUCCAUUAUAUUCUAAGAUUCUAGCCUGGCAAAUAUCCCUAUCAGCGGAGACCUUCACCGAACAAAGUGAACCGGAAACAGCACCAGAAUUAGUGAUUUGUGAGGAACUGGAAUCUCAAUUGGAACAAAUUCUGAUAACCACUGAAGCCGCACUCGGAGCUGAACGGGUCAAGGCGUGUCUGUCCCUUCUUACGGCGUCUAGAAGAGGACUAGAUGAUACCGAAAUCUUGGACAUGCUGGCUCAUGAUGAACUUUUUAGGAGCGAGGAGACUUAUUUACCCUGGGCCCCGGCUGCCCUUCUCUGGCCUCAACUGACGGCGCUGUUAGCCCCUUGGCUCCGUUGGGAUGGCCGUGGUGCCGCUCGUUGGAGAGACGCCGCUUUAGCUGCCGCAGCCACGGAUCGAUAUCUGAUAGACUGCAACACUGCGAGACACACUCUUGUGGAAUACUUUGAGGGCGCUUGGCAUAAUGAUGACGAUCCAAAAAUGGCUGGUCGGCUCAUCUCCCAGGAAAACAAAUUCUCGGAUGAACAAUACAACACAAGGAAACUGGACGAACUCCCAUUCCAACACUAUCAUUUGUUACGGGAAAACCCCGAAGUCUUCGCGAACAAGCCAUAUUUCUCAAAAUUGGACUGGGUUCACGCGAAACUGGCCGCAACCGACUGCGGCCAUUUCCUCGAAGACAUUGGCCUCGUGCACGUUGACCCGCUUCCAGAACACCUAGACAUUCUGAAAGAAGUCUUUGAGACGCAUUCGUACGCUUUGGAUUACGAUCAUAGACAAUUCUACGGCCUCCUAAGAACGACCAUAGAGAGGAGACAACGCGAAGGCUUGGAAAUUCAAACCGAUAUCGUUCAGGAGUGGAUGAGGGAUGUUUUUGAUCCUCCCGUACCGACGUUUUACCCGAUUAAUGAGGAUUUCUGGAAACUUAUGGAGAGCAGGGAGAAACAGGUGUCUAUGGAGGGUUUUGAUACGAAGCCGUUCGAUUUGAUCGUUAGAUUUGAUACGAGGGGCAAGUUUGUCGCCACCGUGUCUACUGAGAGGGAGGAGAUUUGUGUGUGGGAUGUUGCGAGGUGCAAAUUAGUUCGAAAAAUAGUUGGCGUAACUCACCCUAUAAAUCUCGUGCCGAUAGACGAGUAUCGAUGCGUCGUGUUGUGCAGACGAGAGCUGAGGGUGUACGAUUUAGAUCAGGGUAAAUUCGUGGUAGCUUUAAAAGGAGUUAUGAAUCAAAAAAUGCCGUUCUAUGGUCUUCACGACUCCAAACAUUUGGUUGCGUUAUCAAGGAAUAGGAUGUACGUCAACCUCAUGAACAUCGAGACUGGUGACUGUGUAACUACAUUCAAAGCUGGCGAAGAUAGAUUUUUGAAUUCGCUGCUGGUGUCCGGCGAUGGCAGGAUACUUGUGUGUGGUGACGAAACCCAAAAACCAUUUCCUCUAUUAGUAUGGUCGUUGACAUCACGUAAACUUCUGUACGAUUUAAGAAUACCACAUCAUGAUUUCGUCACUUCCAAAGCCGCUAUCACCUACGAAGGUUCCUACGUGUGCGUUGUAUCUCGUGAGUUGGACGAACCGAGUCCCAACUUCAUAGUGGUAUAUGACCUUCAAUCUGGGACAUUGUUCAAGAAGUGGAAACCGGGUUGUGAUACUGUAGCAUUGGCUAUCAGUUCAGUAGACGGCUGCGUGGUGUCAGCACUCGCCGACACGAGAAUCCUUGUAUGGGAUUUGGUGACAGGCAACUGUCGGCUGUCUCUAAGCGGACACGUAUGUGCCGCAACACAACUGCGAUUGGCAAAAUCAGGUGGUUUGCUUCUAUCGGCCGAUCUCUCUGCAACAGACUUGUCCGUACGACUUUGGGACUUGCAUUCAGGAAAGCUAAUAGCAGUAUACACACCACCCGAACGCAUUACCUCAUGCGAGAUCCUCUUAGGCGGAUCAGUUCUCGCUCUAGCUUUAGAAAAUCAUAAAGAAAUUGUCUGCGUUAAACUAUACGGUCCGACGGUAGAGUGUGUUAAAAAUGGCCGGGAAAUGGAGUAUGACGAGGUUGGCUACGGCCAUGUUGAGUAUGACGGGAAGACGUUUGAAAUCAAAGACGCAUGAUCGCCGGUCCAUAUUAAUUAUCAAUAAUAUCGUCGAUAAGAUUAAUGGAAUCUUAUAUUAAGAGAAAUGUCUUCUUCAUUUGAUUUUCAUCGUUCACUUAAUUAGAUUUAACCUUUACUCUACCAAACAUUAUAAUAUAUAUAUUCAUUAUAUGUUUCAAGGUUUUUGUAAAAUGACAAUUGUGGUAUAUAAAUUAAAACGUAAAAAAUUCAAAUUUUAGAUUUCACAAGGACAUUACAGCUCGAACUGGUUACUUAAUUUAAAGUUAUGUAACACGACACUUCGUUUUUUUUUAAAAUGUAAUCUCGAUGUUGGCCUUAAUGGCCUUUAAAGCUCAGCUCGGACUGUUUUGUAGAACGUAGCUCGAUUGUCGAUGGGCGAUUUUGUUUCGAAAUUUUUAGGUUACGUUAAGAAACCCAGAUUGUCGUUGCUCUAAAAUAUUAAAAAAAUUGUCUAUGAAUUUCAAUUUCUUAUCGACGAUAGAAUAACGUGCUGGACAAAUAAACCAUUAACUGGCGUUACAAAGAAGAAAUAUUUUAGGACUUUCAACUUUUGCAUUUUACACCAUUUAUUACCGGUUAUUUAUGAGCUAAAGCACGCUGUGGUGGCUAAGUGUGUGUCUGGUUAGGUCGAGCCAUCUGACAGAUGUCAAGUAUGGCGCAAUUUUAAAUUGGCAUUGGCGCGGCACAAUGAACGGCGCUUGUGUCAGUAAAAUAUUUCUCUAUAUAUAAAUUAUAAAUAUCUCCUCUAGUCAUUGCAAAAUGAAUCCACUCCAUUUAAAUUGCUCAAUUUAUUUUAAAAACUAUUAUUUUAUACCAUAAAAGUAUGAGAAAUUGUGUGUUGCAAGUGUGAAAGCAUUGUAUAAUAACUCCUAUUUAAUAACAAUUUCAACGAUUGAAACCAUACAGAACUCGAAUGACGUCUUGUAACCCGAACGAUGAACCUAAAUUUCGAGUUAUUUUAUUAUCCGUGGCUCUGAUGCUGCAAUCAACAAACGAAGAACGGGGUUGAAAUCGCCAUUUAAGUUUACUACAAAACUUGCUGCUAAACUUGCAAAAUACAUCUUUCUCUGAUAAAAGUUCUAGAACAAAGAUUCUAAAAUAAAUUUUGACAUUACUUAUUUAUAUAAAGUGGAAACCAAUAUCAGUUAUAUCGCCAUAACAUUAUCAAAUCAUAAUUUAAAGAUAAGCAAUAAAUGAAGGUGAACACAAUCCUUUUACCGGCACUUAUUCCCUCAAUACACGCACAGUUAUUUUUUUAAAAACACCCAUAAUCAAGUCGACGAUUUACUUGUAAACAUGUCUACUACAAUAAAUGCGAUCACCGAAGGAUUUGGUCCUUACUAAGGCAUUUUACUGAUUAUUUAUUAAGUUUGUUUACAGCAAAUACUGCCCUAUACAUAAGAAAUUGCCCAAAAGAACUUAAUGUUUGAUCUAUUACGCUUAUUAAUUACAUUAAAUAGGAUUAAUUAAUAUAUUAACUCUAUUUGUAAUGUUAAUGUUUAAAUGUAUUGUUGAUUAGAAUAAGAAUGACUGUUCAUAUAAUCCCUUAUGCACAACGGCUAAGGUAAACAAUAUCUAAGGAAACGAAUGACAUUACAUUGAGGGACAUUUGACAUGUCUUGUAGCAUUUAUCAAUCAAACUUCAAAAUUGAUAAGUGUUGUCUGUAUAGGUGAGGUUCAGAUACAAGACUUAGAGCGAACCUACUCCUGUCUGUCAAAAUCCAAUUUAUUUUUGACGUUCUUGUACGUUAGAUUUAGCGGUAAGUGUUGUCGUUGAAUCUUACCUAGUCCAGAGAUUAGAUAGUGCUAAAUGUGACACCUGUAUGUCAAAAACGCACUGGAUUUGAAGUUGUUGAUGUUUUUUAACGUUUUAUUAACACGAUAUUUCGUAUUCUUUAUAGCAAUAGUUUUCGAUGUGGGGGGUCAAUUGCGUGAUAAAUUCUCAUUUAUAUCCGUUAAUAUAUUUCAUUGAAAUAUGAUAAUCGCUCAUGUUUCUCUUAAAAUAAAUCCUCUUAGGCCUGCUUGGGAAAUUAACUUUAUUUAAAAAAUAAUUGAAAGUAAAAUACGAUAAUUAACUUCUUAUAUUCAUAUCGCGAUGAAGAUUUAUCCCAUUUUAAGGUAAAUUAGACUAAAUAUUUCAUUAAAAUUCUUCGACGUGUUAUCAAACAUUUCAAUCAUAAUAUGUAUUUUGGUUUGGAAAGCGCGCUGAAGUAAGAAAGGAAUCGUGCAAACACUUUAAAAUUUCCAUGUCUCAAUGUUGUAGCACAAAUAUAAGUUUUAUACAUGUACCUAUCUAUUAAAACGACUUGACCAAAGCAAUCUAUCUGUAUCUAGCUGUAAUUUAUCUGCAAUCGCGGGCAAUUUCUUUGGGACGAAGACUUAAAACAUGUAGCUUAACUAACAUUGAAAGUCAUGAAUUCAUAUCGUCCUAAAUUAAUUGCCAGCAACUGUACUCUUAAUCUUAGAUUCUAGAUUUAUCUUCGAACCCAAUGUUUUCGUGAACCUUACAAAGUAUUUUUGAUAUGGUUAAAAUAAGUUUUUUUAUUUUGCAAAAUGGCUAUCCACAUUCUAAUUCAUAAAUUUUAAAAAUAGAAUUAAGUGCACAGAACAUAGGUGUUUAUUUGCACUAGUGGAUUUCUUGUGUAAAAUAAUGUAAAAAUACCCCAAACGGAUAGUCAUUUUGUUUUUAUUAAUUUUUUGGUGGUCUGUUUUACCUCUUGCUUCUAAAGGAUUUUUACAUUUCUAUUCGUUAACACGUUUAUGUACAAUAUUAUAUUAAUAUAUUAUAUGAUAUGCGAAUCGAGAAUUAGUAUUGAACGUACGAAAGAACGAAUUGACGUAUUGAAACAUAGUUCCCGUUAACAGAGGAUUUAAAUUAUUUUUGUAGACAGGAGGCAAAACAGACAACCGUAUAGAUUAGUUAAAUUUCCUAACAUUAUGCGCUUAUUGCGGUUAAGCUCUGCUUCCGCAUUUUACUCCUUUAAGUUGUAGAGCACAGGCUGGCCCUGUGUUUAGUGUAAGCUGUAUUUAAUCAAUUGAAUUGUUAACAUUUAUUAUCUCUGGAAAGAUACAUAUUGAUGUCCAGAUUAAACUCGUAAAUUGUG